AUAAUAAUCAUAAAAUAAAACAGUAAGCCGAGUGCUUUUCAUGUGUGGGCAACCCUGCGGAUCCGCAUCCGCCACGCACACCCUUUUUUUCCUGUGCGGAGGCAAAGGAGGAGGCAAUGAAGCGGAAAAGGGAAAGACCUGCUCCUGCUCCUGCUCCUGCUGCUGCUCGUGCUCCACAAUCACCCCAUCAAAAUGCACAGCGUGCCCCAAGCCAUGCCCCAUUCCAUCUUCCGUGGCUUCAGGGCUCGAAAUGGACACCAGACACCAGGAGCAGCGGCUAAGCCGCGACAAGGAUUCAUCAACAAUGGACACCGGUGGGGGGCAGUGCCCUUCCACUCAAUUUCUCAAAAAACUUGACGUCUUUCGUUGACCCGGAAUAUCCAACCGAAUAGUAGGCCGUGCCUAUACCAUUGCCUGGCAAUUUUCGUAGGGAGCAGAGUUCUAUUCAGUUCUACUUGUGAGUUCGAUUGUGUAAGAUCCAAAUUUCUCAAAGCAAAACAGAGAUAAAACAACAAACGAAAAUUGUAUAUUUUUUUGUUUUAAAAAAUUUUGUUGCGUUCUUUUUUGUUUGACUACGGUAUCAGUGCCUUCGUGUCGAACGAAUCACAGCCUCUGGGAGCUCUCGGUGUUGUUUGCAGAGUUUUCUUUUCUAUUCGUCCGAAUAGCGAAUUAAGCGACUUCCCUUACGAUGUUCUCAGAAUGCAUUGCGGCUGUGGUGGAAGUCGGAAUGAAGGCCUACCGUUAUUUCCGGCCACCGCCCCCUGAGCCAUCGGCUGUCUUCGUCUGGAAGUCCAUCUGCACCCACUGGGUGGGGGUCCUGGCUGGGCCCGUCAUACUGGCGCUGAUUUUCAAGCGCACCUACGACAUCAUCAAGGUUCGUCGCGCACUCAACGCUGGAGGGGACCCGGCAGAAAAACCAAAUCCUGCCGAAGGAGAGGCAGGGGCAGAGGGACAGGUGCCCGCCGAGCAGGCCGUAGAGCCUACUGCUGCUGAAGGGGCAGCCAGCCAGGACGGUGGCGAUGGCGAUGGCGAGCAGCAGGAAGACAAAGCGGAGGAGCGCCCCGGCCUGGAGGAGGCCCCGGCCGAAGAAGCCGCUUCUGGCGAUGCUUAGGUCGUCGGAUCACAAGGCCCUGCACACAAAUCGAAAUGAAAGCAAGCUUACAAGACCCUACACGUCACACUAUUCCGCGCUUUCAAAUUUUCGGGGAAUCUACUUGCAAUCGUUCGACCUGAUGCCCUUCUCGGUGGAUGCUGGAGGACUCGAACUCGAAGUGUAUCUUUUUGCUUGAAUAAAUUUCUCAUUUCGAUUUGUGGAAUCGCAAUUAAA